AUGCCUGUCUGUCUGGUCUAUAUUUUAUGGAGCUGGAGGAAACCCGGCGCUGCGGGUGCAACCACUGGUCACCGGGAAUCAAGUCACAGAGUUUUCCGACGCGUCGACGACAUCACUUUCUGCUGGACCAUGGAGAUCGGCAAGCUGACAGACAAGAUGGAGAUCAUCACCAAUAAGCAGACCAUUCCGGACGUCGGCACCAACGGCGGCUAA